AUGUCGGCGAUGAGGCGGCGAGAAGGGAGGCAGAAAAGAAAAGAGCGCAGAAAAGAAGAGAGGAAAAGGAGACAGAGAAAGGGUGACAGAGGGAAAUGCAGAAUCGGAAAACAGAAACAAAAGGAGGGUGAGCAGACCAAAGAGGAAAGGGGGUGUAACGAGAGGGAAGAGAAGGAACAAACCAGCGGAAGGGAUGAAGAAGAAAGGACCAGGGCAGGACGAGGGAAAGAACGAAGAUGGGAGGGGUGUGGGCAUGGAUAG